AUGGGCGCGCGCAAGACGCUGUACCACUUGAACGGCUGUCCUUGUCCGACGUGUAACGUCUUCAGAUGUCGCGUGCGAAACGGCGUCGAUAUUAGCGGUGAGCCGAUCAAGGUUGUGGUUAUUAGCGAGAAGGAGUUUGAAACCUUGAAAGCCGUGGGUACGGUGAAGGACAUGGCCAAGGUGGAACAGUUGCGACGCCGUCGAAUCGGUACCGCGAACACUGGUAAGGUGCCCUGGAAUAAAGGCGGCAAGCAUAGCAAGGAAACGAUCGAAAAAAUUCGCGCGACGACGCUCAUGCACAUGGCGAAUCCCGCGUACAGAGAGCGCCUAAAGGCGUCGUACAACGGAUCCAACGCUCGUCAUUCCGAGUACACGCGAGCGAAGAUCAAGAGGGCGUCGGUGGAAAGAGCGCGGGCGCGAAAGCUAGAGACAGCUGGCUUGGAGUCCAAACAGGUCUGGGGCCUGAAGAGAGGUAUGAACGGCGCGGCUUCAGCGGGGAUAUUCGUUCGCCGAAACUCCGCGGUGAUGACGGUGACCUUUGGAGUCAACGGCACCGCCGACAUCGCACGGCUUCGACAACGUCAAAAGGAUGAAGAAAAGGUACGCCUAAAGACGCAACGCGAGUUGAAGAAGCAGCUCGUCGCCACGCUCGUCUUGAAGCGUCGAGCGAUGCGGAAAGUGAAGCCAAAGGUGGCCAACAAGCGAACGCGCGAGCACCGCGCGAAGAUCUCUAAAGCCAUCGCCGACAAGUGGCGCGAUCCAGAGUACAGCGCGAAAAUGCGCAAAAAACGCAAAAAUUCCGCGGCUAGCGCCGCUUCUCAACAGCAUCCGAGCGUCGAUCCGGCGAAGAAGAAACUUCUCGCCGAAAUCAAAGCGAUGUAUCUCAAGGCUGACGCCGCGGUGAAAACGUUGCGCGCUCGCGCCGACAACGGCCUCACCGUCGAUCCAGCGAUGCUCGCGCAAGCCACUCAAACGCGCAAGCAAACGCGCACGAUGCUCGAGACCGUGCGAAAGAACAUAGAACAGGAGUUCCAAGCUCGAGACGCCGCCGCCGCGGCGAAAAAGACGGCGCGCCCUCGGUGA